AUGUCCCUCCGUCCCACCCUCCGCCUCGCCGCCACGGCGAGCAGGCGCUGCUGCUCCCUGGCAUCAACGAGGCUAGCCAGCACUGCCACCGUCCCCAAAUACAAGGAAAUCACGCACCCAGACAUCAUGCCGGGCAGCUCCAAAUCCCAAUCCCUCAUCGACUCCACCUCCCCAUACAUGGUGACGACCUACUCCCGCCCCCCCAUCGUCUUCACCAAAGCCUCCGGCUCCCUGAUCUGGGACGCGGCCGGCAGGGAGUACCUCGACUUCACGGGCGGCAUCGCCGUCAACUCCCUCGGGCACAACGACCCCCAACUCUGCGCCAUCAUGGCCGACCAGGCCACCACGCUGACUCACUGCUCCAAUCUUUACUACAACUCUUGGGUGGGGGAACUAUCCAAAAAGCUGGUGGGAUUGACGAGGGAAAAGGGGGGCAUGCACGACGCAGCCCAGGUAUUCGUCUGCAAUUCCGGCAGCGAGGCCAACGAGGCGGGGAUCAAAUUCGCGAGAAAAGUCGGCAAGGUUGUCGAUCCGAGCGGGCAAAAGGUGGAGAUAGUCAGCUUCAGGAACGCGUUUCACGGCCGGACGAUGGGGUCUCUGUCGGCGACGCCUAACCCCAAGUAUCAGGAGCCGUUUGCGCCCAUGGUUCCGGGUUUUAGGGUGGGGGAGCUGAAUGACAUUGCUGGGAUCGAUGGGUUGGUGACGGAACGGACAUGCAGUGUUAUUGUUGAGCCGAUUCAGGGGGAGGGGGGGGUCACGCCGGCAGGGGAUGAGUUUUUGGUGAGGUUGGCGAGACGGUGCAGGGAGGUGGGGGCGUUGGUGCAUUAUGAUGAGAUUCAGUGUGGGUUGGGACGGACGGGGCAGUUUUGGGCGCAUGGGCAUCUGCCGAAGGAGGCGCACCCGGAUAUUUUGACCACGGCGAAGGCGUUGGGGAAUGGGUUUCCUAUUGGGGCUACGAUAAUUAACGAGAGGGUUGGGGAGAGGAUCAAGGUGGGGGAUCAUGGGACUACGUUUGGGGGGAACCCGUUGGCUUGUCGGUUGGCUUGUAAUAUCGUGGAGAGGUUGGGGGAUGAGAAGCUGCUGGAGGGGGUUAAGAGGAAGGAGAAGAUCUUCAGGGAGACGUUUGAGAGGUGGAGGGGGGAGUGGCCGGAGUUGGUCAAGGAGGUGAGGGGGAAGGGGUUGAUUUUGGGGUUACAGUUGAGUGAGGACCCAGCGGGGAUUGUCAAGGCGGCGAGGGAGAGGGGUUUGUUGGUCAUCACUGCCGGAACGAACACGUUGAGGUUCGUGCCGGCGUUGACGAUCGAGGAGGGGCAGAUUAAGGAGGGGUUGGAGAAGUUGGAGAAUGCUAUCAGGGCGACGAGGGAGUAA